ACCACUGCUCGCACAUUACCAGGCAGACCACCGAGAAGGACAAGCGUGUCAAAGAUUGCGUGUGAGAUCAACGGAGAUAAGCGUGUACGAUACUGCAUUAUAGUGGUAGUACUGUGCUAUUAUUAAUACAAUAGAACGAGCAUCAACCAUGAACAUCAGCUUCGAAGGAAAGCGUAUUCUCGUGACUGGCGCUGGUCAAGGUAUCGGUAGAGAAUUGGUCCUACGUCUCUCCAAAUACAAGGGAGAGGUGUUUGCGCUCUCGAAAACGAAGAAAAACUUGGACAAUUUGGUGACGGCCGAUCCGAAAAUACAUCCGGUCUGCGUCGAUCUUCGCGAUUGGGAUGCAACCCGGAAAGCCAUUCAGAACAUUCUGCCGAUCGAUCUAUUGGUCAAUAAUGCCGGUGUCGCGUGCCUUACACCGUUUUUAGACGCCACGCCGGAGGAAUUCGACCUGAGUUUUGAUGUCAAUGUGAAGGCUGUAUUGAACGUGUCCCAGGUUGUAGCCAAAAGCAUGAUUGAACGCAAAAGCGGCGGUAGCAUUGUAAAUAUAUCGUCGCAGGCCGGUCAGGUGGCAUUGAAGGAUCACACCGUUUAUUGCGCGACCAAAGGAGCUCUUGACAUGUUAACAAAGGCAAUGGCUCUUGAGCUAGGGCCGCACAAUAUAAGAGUCAACACUGUCAGUCCUACGGUCGUGAUGACGGAAAUGGGAAAAUUGGGUUGGAGCGACCCGCAGAAGGCACAAGACAUGACAAGUAAAAUUCCGCUGGGUCGAUUUGCUGAACUUGACGAAGUAGUGGAUCCUAUUGUAUACUUAUUGAGCGACCGAAGUUCCAUGAUCGACGGCGUCUGCUUGCUCGUUGACGGCGGUUACGUAGCAGUUUAGUUUAGCAUAAAAAGAAAUUCAAGAUCCAGCCUCUUAAAAAGGAAUAUUCAAUCAUAUUUUGGAUACAUGAAUCUCUAUUACAAAAAUUCUAUAUCUAUGGAUUUGGAUUCGGACUAAUGGAGUGACACUUUCUAUAAAUAACAAUGUUAUAUAAAAUAAAUAAAAAGUAAAGAUUAUCUAAUAUAAUCAUGUAUUUAACUUACAUGAAAUUCGACAGGAUUUUUGAAGGGACUCGGAUAGAACAGUUGAUAGAGAAUCCAAACGUGCUUUUUUUCAUUCAUUUUAAUUUAAUUUAAAAAAUGCUUCAUUUCCUCUUUUCUUCAUCUUCAACUAGGUUCGAAACAGACGCCGACAGAGAAAGCCGCGAAUAAAAGAGACGAAUCCGUGCUUAUUGUUAGCCACGGAUGUCUCGCGAGUAUAUUUUCGAAAAUAUUCUGCCGAAAUACAGCACAUGUGUACGUAUAAUUCGCGAGCUCUCCUCUGCCGUAGUUGCAUUCGAUCUAAAUAACGCGAACGCUUUUCUUUCGGCUCCUAAUUUACUCCUACGGUGAACGUAACGCAGCGGAGAAACUAAGAUAGCCUGCUGAAGGAAACAAUACAAAUUGAAUAUGUCGUUCUUUCCUUUCGAUAUCGUGUUAUUUCCAUAGUGACAUGUCUCAAAUCUGCAGGGUGUCCGAAAAAGCUAUAUAUCUAUCAUCUCAUAUUUAGCAUCAGAUUUCAAAUUCGAUGAAAAAUUCACUAGAAUAGUCAGUAGUAUAAUCAAUUGUUUAGAUUUUGCCGGCAUCUUUAUUAUGUAUUUUAAUUGAACGCCAUAGGGAAAUAGAAGGCGGUAAAUUUUGUAAUUUACGAAUAUGUUCCGUAUAAACUAUUUGUCAACGAAACUAUUCCAGCUUGAUUAAGCAAAUUUAUAAAAUGUACUACAAUCUUCAAUAUCAACCUAAUCAAUUACAUAAAAGCAAGAAAUGAAUAAAUGUAGUAAUUUCUAUUGCAACUGAGACUUGAUUCGGUUUAUAAUUAUUUUAUGCUUUUACGUCAGAUUUAUAGCGGAGUUUGUAUUAUAUUCUUCACAUGCCUUCCAGAACACAAAGAUUUUAUCAAAAAUUACAACAGAUUCAUUGAUAGUCGUUUAUACGAAACUGUAAAAGUCAUUUAUAAUUUUUAGUGCUUGAAAUCAAAAGAUAUUACGAUUUCUUCAAAUAAAACUGAAGCAUGGAAAUGUCGAAAUUCUUUGUUGCGGAUACAAUUAUUUUCGGGACACCUUGCUCUGCAUAUGGCUGAAAUAUCAUGUGCUGCAUACGAAACGAUCUUAAUCAGAACGUGUCAUUCUCACAUUUUAUCGAAUUACAAGACAUGUUUAAACAUCACUGACGCUCGAUACAUUUUUCAAAGCAAGAUCGCGUAUGCAUCAAGAGAUAGAUAGCGAAUCCGCUAUCGCCAGAACGCGUUUACUCGUCAUUUACUGACUCCACCGACCAAAAUUUAUAAGCGAGUAACAAUAUCGCUUUUCAUUAUCUUACCAGCCAUUUUUUAUUCGUUUUAAUCAAUCGAUUUCAGCCAGAGUAGCGCGAAAAUAUUAAAUUUCCUAACAACGCGCAAUCUCUCUCUCUCUUUUCCUAACAACGUUAACGUUAACGUUACUGAAUCGAUAGCUUUUUAAUUUACAUCAUUUUCACAAAUUAUUGCAGGUCAACAAGCAGAGAGCUUUCCUUGUUGUCUCUCGCUCUUGCUAUAUAUCUUAAGAUCAUUAUAAACGUGAUAACAAAGCAAUUGCCAUUAUCAAGCGAGCUCUACACAAAUAUAUCUUUUUUUGCCAAAAUUAAACAUUUUAUUUCUCUCUCUCUCUCCUUGUUUCUCUUGUUUUUAAACAAAAAUAAAAUAUAUGAUAAUAUAAGUAUUAUACGUAGUCGUUCUUGGUUGUUUAACAAGAGCGGGUUACAACAGAAGGAAAAUCUUCUCUGUGGUGCAACGAAGAUGCAUAGCGAUUAACCCAUUUAUAUACAGCAUUAUGUAUCCGCGAUAUAUUUGGUGCACGUUUUAGUUUUACAAUGGUAUAUAUUGCGCAAGAAAUAUUUUGCGAUAUUAGCAAGAAUAAUAAUUAACUUAAAUGUGCUUUAUGCCAAAUUACGAUAAAUAAUUGAGAUCAUUGAAAAAAAUCCUAUCUUUUAUAAUAGCUUUUUUUCUUAUUAUUAAUAUUCUUUUGAUAGAAAACAAAAACAUAAAUUUUUAAAAAGCAGAAACAUUAAAGAGGAUCGCUUAGUUUUUUUUUUGUCUCUAUUUCGUGAAUUGUUUCGUGAAAAAAAAAAUUGCGAGUGUAUAUGGGUUAAUAUUCUCAUCAUUCGACGACCAAUCUCCAACGUUCUUUCGCCAAAACGAAGUACAAAUGCAAAGCAACCGAAGAAACAAGGCUAUAGCAAUAUCAAACAGAUCACACCAUCCCGCUGUCUCUCUCUCUCUCUCUUUCUCUCUCACAUUAACCGAAACACACUUCAACUAUAGGUAUGGUUGUUGUUUUUUUUUUUCAUAUAGUACACAAAGACAGUUUUACAAUGUUUAUUAUUUUUUAUCGUUCUCGGUUUUGCUGCCCUUUUCGCCACACAUUUUAUCGGACACUUUUUAUUUAAUCUCUCUCUCUCUCUCUCUUGCACUCUUUUCCUCUCAUUCUCUUUCUCACUUCUUCUCAAGCACACUUGCACAUAUUAUUAUAAUGUCCUUCUUGCUUCAAUAGAUUAUAAUAAUAAUUGUAUAUACAUAUACAAACCGUUUUUUUUUUCGCCUCGAUACACACAGUUCAAUUAGUACACUUAAAAUACAUCGAUCGCGAAUUUAUCAUCGACAUUUGCCAUAGUCUUCGUGACAUCAUAUUGCCGAGGGAGACUAUCGGAGCUUAUCAUCGGUCUCGCAAAACGGACUCGAGACUCUGAAACGCUCUCUCAUAUAUAUUUUGCACAUAUUCAUGAAAGCUCCCCUAGGCCGGCUGAACAAGCACGUACAAUUCAUAACUAUAAUCCAUAAUCGCGCAAAGAAAAGACGCGUAUUCUCUCAUCUGGAUAAUUACAGCUUUCACUUGCACGACAGUCUGCAUCAUUACCGUGUGUCAUCCAAAACGCAGGUCCAACCGUAGAACGCAGAAACAGAUUAUCGAAUGCUCAAGAUAUUAUCAGGUUGUGCAGAAAUAAAUCUCACAUUUUCGCAUCUCUAAUUACAGAUAAAUUAUUUGUUAAUCAGUUAUAAAUUUUUAUUUAUAAUCGAUUAAAAAAUCGAUUUUAGCUAAAGAAAUAUAAAUUAUAAUUAUACAUAAUAACAAUAAAAUAAUUUAAAUUGUAAAUAUAUCAAUUCCUAUCUUUCGUCAUUCUUCGAUUGGGCCUUGCGGUCAUGCAAACUGCGCAAAUAAAAAAUAAAAAAUAACACAAGGAGGAAUGACCGUUCCUCCUCGUGGCAUCGAUCAUCUCGAGAAGAUUUGUUGAAUGCUCAAUGAAUCCGCGAUGAUUUAAGAGGACGAAGCAACGAACCCGAGGAUCGCUGCUGCGUGUAUCUUCAGUCAGUUUUGAUGGGAAAACGCAAGAACUUUUGCUCGCGCUGGCAGUGUUUUUUUUCUUUCUUGAUUAAACGGUAACUUGCUGUUGUAAGACUUUCCUUGAGUCAACGUAUAUGUACACGUAUUCUCGAAAGCAUCGCUUAUCAUAAAUAAAUAGGAAAUUGAAGAAUAAUUCUCGCGCGCGCAAUGACUAUUAUCGUAUUACAAUUAUGUUUAAUUUCGUAUAAAUUGAUUAACAAUAUUCAAGUAUUAUUUCGAGAAGCCGAAUCAUAACAAAACUCACUCUGUGUUUUAACACUUCUAAAAUAUUUUCUAAAAAUUUAUUGUAAUAAGAAGUUGUAUAUAAUAUAAAUUAACUGUAAAUAAUUAUAUAAAGUAAAACAAUCUAGCUAAUACAGAAAAGAAAGAUUAUAUAAGAUGAUUGUUUUUGUGUAAAAAAAGCGACGCGAGAAAAGAUUGAUAUAGCUCUAAGUUUUUUGAAAUAAUAAACGGGAGUAUGCAGAGAUUUCCCCUUCAGUAAAAGAGAAAAGUUUGAUAACUAGCGUAAUGCUAUUGGCUCAAGGAAACUUCUCUCUCAGGCGGUAAAUGAGAUUUGUUCGAACGAGAAGCGAAGAAAGUGACUCGAAGUGGAAAAUAUCAGGCUUCGAAUCCGAUUAAUGGCAGGGUAACUAUUACAUUAAGCUAUCACUGACGAUGAUAAAAAAUCCCUUACAAAAAUUCCGAUCACUACCAAUAUAUUUUGACUAAUAAACAAUGAGAGAUAGAAUUUAAAAAACUGCCUGCGUCCCCUAAAAAAGGCAAAGCACAUAGCAUGUUUCGAUAUGAUAUAGGGAUGCAUUUUUCUUAUGCUAGACAAUAUUAGAAAAUUAUAAAAUUAAUCGAUAAAAAUAUCUUUAAUGUCACAAUUAAAGAUAGUCGCGAAAAGAAUAGUCAUCCUUUAGAUCACUUUCGAUUGCUUACAUAGUUAAAAUUGAUCAGAUUCAAUAAUCUUGCGAUCGAAAUAUUUUGCGUCUAUCUGUGUAAUAAAACUUUGCGUCUGAAAACUUUAUAUCUCUAAAAUUAUAUUUUCAGCCCUUGUUUUAUCUUUGUCAUUUUUCAGUUUAAUGUAACAAUGCAAUCAAAAAGCGAAAUGUGUUUUACAAGAUGCGAAAAAAUGCAAUACGAAAAAUUUUUGGAUUAAUAAUUAAAAUUUUCCUUUUAAUAAUUGAUUUAUGCUGCCCGAUACUUUCCACCCGCGCGAGAGGAAACGAAGAAAUGCAACGUACAAUGUGCGAUGAUCGGAACAGGUGGAUAUCGCGUCGGGACACGUUGCUUUGUCCUCGUCCUCCAUCAUCGACGUAGCUUCGUCUCGAGUAGAUCGUUGUGAUACAGAGAAUUUGACUACACAAUAUACAAAGUAAUAACAGUUAAUUAGCAAUAGCAGCAGCGGUAGUGUAAUAGUAAUAGUCGUAGUAUUAAUAGUAAUAGUAAUAAUAUGAUAGUAGUAAUAGUAAUAGUAGUAAUAGUAUCCUAUAUGAAAAAAAAAGAAAAAAAUACAUAGAAAAACACGGUGUUGGUAUAAUAUAUUUAUAUGCGUAACUUUUUAUCACGUUUUCUCAUUUUUUUUUCUUCACUUUUUUAUAUGCAACGCAUCGUACGAUAUAUCGCACAAGAUGUUAGGAAGAGAACCGAAACGGGGGAAGGAAGGGCAGAGAGACCAGGAAGAAAGGACGAAGAUGAUGAGGCGGAAACGGGUGAUUUUCGCUAACGUUAACGCGCAAAUACUUGACUCUUCUUUUUUUCUGAAAUCUCUCCAAAGAAUGAUUUCGGAACAUCCGUAUCUUUCGCAAGUGCUGAAAUGCGUGGAAAGUUGCCGGUGCGACAUUCCGAUAAAAGACUCAGAUACAGGACAAAAAUGCAUUUGGGAUUUACAAUAUCUUACAAGUGUUUUAAAGGUCAAGCAUUUCGCAUAAUUGCAGCUUUAAUGAACGCCAAACUCUAAAAGACACUUAAAAGAUAUUUCGAAGGUUUAGAAUGUCUUCUAGAAUAUCUUUAUAGCGUUAGUGUUGUUUGAAUUCGGAACCGCGAGCUCAAUCUUCUAAAUCGCAAUAGUUGGGAUCGGUUGUAUCAACGAUCUCGGUUAAUUGACACGCAGAGUUAUAAUAAACUACGCGUUAUGAGAUAAGGCUGUAAAGUGACAAGUGAAAAUACAGUAAUAUUCGGAAGAAAAGUUCUUGAUGUCUUGAUGGUGACAUGCGUGAAAGGAGUAAUGUGUUUGAUAGCAUUAAGUAUCAUAAUAACAAUAGUAUGCAAGAUCUAUAGUUCAGAUAUUUGAUACCAGUUAAUAUUUCUCUACGUGGGUUACAUAAACCAUGGCAUAUUAUGUCAGACAGCUGUUGUAAAUUUUUAAGCGAUCCUUCCAGUCUUUCUCCCCAACUAGGCAAUGAUAGGAGAGAUCGAAAACUAUAAAUUAAACUCGGAAGGCGGUCACGCGGCAGCGCACAAAAAAAAAAUUGAAAGAUACUGAUUCUAGAUCUUGAUUCUGCGAUAUGUAGAGAGAAAACAGUCAACUAUGUUAACCGUCGUCGGUGCAACCGGUCCUUGAAUAGUUGAACGUGAGAUUAAAGACUCAUUGAUCCGUAACGUACCCCAUAUUUAACGCUGUACACGACUGUUUAACAGUCAAUGCGAAAUUGCACGUGAUAAACAAAAGCGCAGAAUCAGUUGAUUCCGCAUUUAAAGCGUUAAAUAAUGGGAAAUACGAAUGCGACGGACAUUCUUUUGGUAUCCGUUUCUUAUGAUUCGAGCACGCACGCACUUUAUUCGCACUUUCCUUCCCCAUCAUUUUUCUCCUUCUCAUGUUCGCGCGCAAACUCUCUCUCUCUUUCGCACGUAAUUAACACACACAUACUUGCUACAAACACGGGACAUACACACGUUAGCAAAACGAUAUUGCGGUAAUGUUCAUCGACGAUCGCUUUUUCUGUGUAUAUAUAUGUAUUAGGUUGAACGGAAAGUUCGUUCCGUUUUUUGCUAACAGAUGAAGACCGAAAAAACGGCACGAACUUUCCGUUCAACUCAAUAUAUCACAUACAAUUCAAUAUACGACAUAUCUUUGCUGUCUAUUUUCAACUUAAUUAAAAAAAAAAAAAAAGAAAAA